UCUACGCUAGCCGGCUACUGCUCACUUUCCCCACGCUGCGCGCAGUGACUGAUUCAUGCACGCGCCGUUUGCUGUGUCUAGCGGGAGUGUUGGCUUUUUAAGAGGGCGCGGUUUCUUCCCCAGUGAAACAUACCUCCUGGGCUGGGGCUAAACCGGGCAAAGCCGCGUUGUUGUGUACUGAAGGUGGUCAUUUAUUGGCUCAGCGAAUAUAUAUAUAUAUCGCAGUUCUAAAGGUACAGCGCUUUAGCGUGAGGUACAACGUUAUUGUGUGUAAAUGGUUUGGCUUCAUAGUGUGUUGUAAGUGAUCUGUGUUAAAAAUUGUGUUCGGAGAUUUCUCAACUUGUGGCCUCAGUAUCAAAACCUGAAAAACCCCAAAAACCAAAACAAAAGAAAAACACUUCAGAAUUGACAAAAGUGCCUUGAUCCUCAUGUGUGUGCAAGAGUAGGAUAACUGCAACUCGUGACUGGACGCCGACCGGACUGCUUGUACAUUCCAGACACUGUUUGAACUCGUUUCCAAUCCAACACAUCUCUUGGAGCACUGCAUCCUCCUUUGGCCAUCUACCUCAGUCACAAGCAGCAGCUUCGUAGACGUGAGAUCAGCAGCUUCCAGUUCCAGUCUCUUUCACCCGGUGGGGCUGGGAAUACAUCUGUCUGUAACGAGUGAAAAGAGCCCCACUGCUUGGUGGGAACGCCCACUUUGUGUGACAUCAUGAGUACAAAGCCCCAGCUUGAGCCUCACGCCCAGACGCUGGUGACGGCCCUGCAAAGUCAGUGUCUCCAGCGCGGAUGUGGCGCCCUCAAGCAGCUCUCCUGUGUCUUCCGGCGAAUGGACAUCGAUUACUCCAAACGUAUCUGCUUUCAGGAACUGACGCAGGGCGUUCAAGACUUUAACCUUGACCUUUCCAACGAAGAUUUGACCACACUGUUCAGGGCCCUCGACCGGGACCGGAAUGGACACAUAGAUUUCAAAGAGUUUAUGGACUUGUUGACCCCUCCCAUGGGGAAAAUCAGGAUCAAGGUCGUCAACGAAGCUUUUGACAAGAUGGACGUCAAUGGAGACGGUGUUCUGAAACUGGACGACUUGCAAGUCGUGUACGCUGCCAACGCCAGAAGACAUCCCAAAUAUCUCUCUGGUGAGUGGACGGAAGACGAGACAUUACGUCACUUCCUGGACAGCUUGGACACACCCGGAAGUCCGGAUGGGAAGGUCACAAGACAGGAAUUCCUGAACUACUACGCCGGAGUGAGCGCGACUGUUGACGAUGAUUGCUACUUCGACUUGAUGAUGCGCUCUGUGUACGGCCUUCCAGCACAUCGCAACACCUGAUUGGACGUUGGGACCCUCUAGCCUUGAUGGCGCGCGCCGGCUUUCCACUGUUUUGUGUGGGGGUGUAGUGGAGCAUUUGUGGUGUUUCUGGUUGUGGUAGCAGCAGGGCAUGUGGCUGAGUGUUAAGUGAGUGUGGUUAAAGCCAGGAAUAUUUCGUUGAUGUCCGACUCGAACUGCGCACCUGCCAAAUUACGUCAAACACUUUUACCUUUUAUUUAUAUUAAUUUUAUUUCAUUUUAUCUGGGGGAGGGGCUAGAAUUAUGUUAUUCAUAAACGUAAUUACAAAUAAUGUUACCAUAAUAAAAAUAACACCAUACACAAUAUUCUGAGAAAUUCUUGUAGAUAAUUAUACAGAUAACGGGAUUACGCUGCGAAUGCUGGGCAAUUAUAAAAGACAAUUACAGUAAGAUAGAACAAACAGAGAUGUGGUUUCUUAGGAGACUUCUGAGAAUUUCUUGUUGGAAAUAAAAGGAAUCAAAUGAGGAAGCACAUGACGUAGUCAACGUGGGCCGCUCGCUGAAAAAAACAGUAAGGAAGCGACGACUCAUUUGAACAGAGAAAGAUAAGACUAACAUUACUUAAACGCAAUUCCACAUCAUCACUCACCACCACCAUUAUUUCUAAAAUGAUCAUAGCUCUCAGAUCCUUCACUUACAUCUAAAGUACUUGAAGAUCUACCUGUAACAGUUACAUGUCAUUCUAAGUAUGUACGUCAUACACUAUUGGACACUAUCAUACGCACUUUUCCUACUAAUCAGAUGGCGUCAAUCUCAUGUAAAUGGGCAAGGGAUAAAAGAAAGGAAGCGGCGAAUGCAGUUUCUGAGGCACUUUAAUAGACGUAAGGGCCUUAAACUUCUAGUUCUCAUUUGUAGAAUUGAAGACAACCGAGGCAGGGGUAGAUUUAAAGCAACUUAUUUGAAGAACCUUCAAAGAUGGAUGACGGGGAAAGAUUAAAAUAAUAAUAAUAAUAAUAUAGCUUUAAAAAAAGAGCUUCCACGUAGAGAAAUGAUUGGUGAACCAAGAUCGUCGAUGGUGUUGCUGAACUUGCAUUUGAUGAUGACGAAUUAUGAAGAAAUCACCUUUCCACUUUUAUGAAAAUCAAUGUUCAUACACAUAUAAUUAUUAGUUCAGAUUCGGACAUCGACGAUUUGUUCUCCUAAUAAACGUCUUCAUUUCUUAGAAGACGCACUGUUCCCAUCUCUUCUGCCCUGCCUUUAGGCAUUUCCAUCGUAGAACGUGAGUGGUGUGUGGGACAUAUGAUAGUAGUUAUUUCUCUGCAUAACUGUUGUGGUACCAUGUUGUGACCCAUUUAUUUUAUGUAUCCUGUAUAAUGAACAAUGUAUCAUCGAAAUCUUACAUAAUUCCAAGUUUUGCUUUUGAGAACAAACAAACUAACCAACAAACCAACCAACAAACAAACAAAGAAAUAAA